AUGUCGAUUCUCGCUGGUUUCGACCAUUCACUGACUGCUCUGUGGCGUGUCUUGACAAAAAUUGAGGAGAUUUUAAGGCAGAAGGCUUAUGUAGCAGUUGACUCGACCAUGCAACCCCUAUGCCGCCACGUAGCAGUGAUCGGCGCCGGCGCCGCUGGCCUGGUCGCCGCACGUGAGCUCCGGCGGGAAGGUCACAACGUCGUUAUCUUGGAGCGAGGAGACCAAAUCGGUGGCACGUGGGUGUACACUGAAGAAGUGGAGUCGGACCCAAUUGGGCUGGACCCAGAUAGAACCAGGGUCCACUCGAGCAUGUACCAGUCUCUGAGGACCAACCUCCCAAGAGAGAUCAUGGGGUUUAGGGACUACCCAUUUGUGGCCAAGGAGGAAGGUGAUGAAGAUCGAGACCCGAGAAGGUUUCCGGGUCAUAGAGAAGUAUUCAAGUACUUGAAUGACUUUGCUAAAGAGUUUGGGAUAUGUGAGAUGGUGAGGUUUGAGAGUGAGGUGGUGUUUGUGGGUUUGGUGGAGGGUGGAAAGUGGAAGGUCAAGUCCAAGAGCAAGAGAGGUGAGGUUUCGGAAGAGGUUUAUGAUGCUGUGGUUGUCUGCAAUGGCCAUUAUACUGAGCCUCGUGUGGCCCAAAUUCCAGGCAUCAGCUCAUGGCAAGGAAAGCAGUUUCACAGCCACAAUUAUCGGACUCCUGAGCCAUUUCGAGAUCAGGUUGUCAUCUUAAUAGGGAGCUCCGUUAGUGCCAUUGAGAUUUCUCGAGACAUAGCUGGAGUUGCCAAAGAAGUCCACAUUGCAUCUAGAUCUGUUGCUGAUGAAACCAUGGAAAAGAAGCCUGGCUAUGAUAAUAUGUGGCUUCAUUCUAUGAUCAAAAGUGUCCAUGAAGAUGGCAGUGUGGUUUUCCCGGAUGGGAGUGUUGUACUUGCUGACAGCAUUCUUCAUUGCACAGGGUACAAAUAUCAUUUCCCUUUUCUUGAAGCCAAUGGCAUUGUUAUUGUUGAUGACAACCGUGUCGGGCCAUUGUAUAAACAUGUCUUUCCACCAGCAUUGGCUCCCUCGCUUUCCUUUGUUGGGAUACCUUUUAAGGUUGUUCCUUUUGCGCUGUAUGAAUUUCAAAGUGAGUGGAUAGCAGGUAUUUUGUCGAACCGAAUUGCACUUCCACCCGAAGAGGAAAUGAUGGAGGAUGUUCAAGCCUUCUACUCAUUGCAGAAAGCUUCUAAUAUAUCUAAACGAUUCACCCAUAUGAUGGAUAAUUACCAGUUUGAAUAUGAUGACUGGCUUGCAGCUCAGUGUGGGUGUCCAGCCUCUGAAGAAUGGAGACAGCAAAUGUGGUUGGCAACUUUUAAGAAUGCUCGUCUCCGAGGAAUGUUAUACAGGGAAGAGUGGAACGAUCACCAUUUGAUAUUGCAAGCUCACGAAGACUUCAGGAAAUACACCUUUAAUGGAGUUAGUAUGGAUAACUGGAUAAGUGAUGUCAAAUGACAAUUCCCAGAUCAUUGUGAUAUGAAACAAGCCAACAACCACCUCAUUUCUUUUGACUUGGGCAGAUUUCCCCCUUGUAGUUUCCCUCCUAAAAGGGCUUUGGGUUCAAAAACUUACAAAGAAGUGUGAAUGUGUGAUUGUGAUAUAUAGGUUUUACUUACAGUGGACAAAG